AUGUCAAAAAGGAAAGCGUUUUUAGAUUCCGUAGACCCAGAACGCACAGAAGACUUUCUCAACUUUAUCAAACUCCACAAAAAUGGCGCAGAGCCGUUUGACCUUGCAGAGGUGCUGGUGGAGCUCCAGAAGGCGGAGCGGGAGGAGCUGUGGGCAAAGCUUGUGCAGCUGCUCCGACACACCAUCGCCUCCUGCCCCACAGAGCACUGGAACAACGGCCUGGACGAAGACAGCGGGGAUGAGAUGGAGGUUGAGGUGCCCUCUGAUGUGAAACAGGCGAUGUCAGUGAUUGAGGGGGUGACGCUGGUGGCCACAGUCUCAAUAGACAGCGUCCAAGACAACGACACUUACACUUCUCUCUUACAGUGUGCAGCUAUGCUUAAUGAUAUUGUGAAUUUGCUGCCUGCGUCUGAGGUGCUGCUCAGACAAGCAGUUCAUUGGCUCUUUGAGUGUUGGUGGGGGCGGGGUUUGCAAGGGAAGGAGGAGCUUGGUUGGACCGUAUUCAUAGCGUGCUUGGAGGAUAUGGUUACACUCAAGAAACCGCUGACUCAGCUCCAGAGCGGGUAUAAGGUGCGAGAGGUGCUGCUGAGUGUUGACUUUGAGUCUGAGGAGGGUCAGCGGGCGACCAAUGUUCUCCUUCAGUGUUUCCUCAACGUCCCCCUCAUCAAAAGAGAAGAGGGAAAGCGUUUUUUGGCGUUUCUUUUCGGUUGGGACGUGAAUUUCAUCAGAAUGAUUCACGGAACCAUUAAAAACCAGCUGCAGUUUUUUCCCAAGGCCGUUAUGGCGGAUGUGGCCGAGAUCUACUUCCGGGCUUGGAAAAAAGCCUCCGGAACAUUCCUGGAGGAGAUUGAGUCCACCUGCAUCCAGGACUUGAUGCAGCACGCGGUCCUGCUCCACAGAAACUCACCUGUCCUCCCCAAAGUCCGGCAGAUCCUGAGGUACUUCCACAAACAGAAGUUUCGCCAAGGAAUCGACGAGAUGCUUGACAAACUGUAUAAACCCAUACUGUGGAAAGCUCUCAAAGCUGCUAACGCCGAGGUUCGUGCCAACGCCACAUUGCUGCUGAGCGAGGCGUUCCCCUUACACGACCCCAGCAUGAGCAGCGACAAGAUCGACGAGGCCGUGCAGAAACAACUGGACACACUGUUUGCUCUCUUGGGGGACCCUCAGCCGUUGGUGCGGUCCACGGCAGUGUUGGCUGUGUGCACCAUCCUGGCUAAAUGUUGGGAGGUCAUCCCCUCCACCAUCAUCACCGACUUCCUCAAGAAGCUCAUGACCCAGCUGGCCACCGACACCAGCUCCCCCGACGUCCGCUGCUCCGUCUUCACGUGCAUUCCCUUAAUCCUGGAGAACAGCAUGAGUCAUCCUCUCCUGGAGAAGUUACUGCCAGCGCUCAAAACCAGCCUCCACGACACCUCAGAGAAAGUACGCGUGGCCUUCGUCGACAUGCUCCUCAAGAUCAAAGCCGCCCGUGCUGCCAAGUUCUGGAAGGUGUGUUCCAUGGAGCACUUGCUGGCUCGGCUGGAGGUCGACGCCCCCUCUGUCUCUAAGCGAAUCGUCAACCUCCUCUUCAAUUCCUUCUUCCCCGUCAACCAAUCAGAAGAGGUUUGGUGUGAGCGAUGCGUCACCUUGAUUCAGAUGAGCCCUCAAGCAGCCAGGAAGUUUUACCAAUAUGCCUACCUGUACACGGCCCCUACUAAUAUAGCCAAGCUGAUGCUGAUGAUCCGAAAGUGCCUGAACGUGUGUAUUCAGAAUUCCAGAGACGACCCAAAUGAAACCGGCUCCAGCAACAAAGAGAACACGAGUGUGUUGGAGGACGUUCUUUCGGUCAAAGACACCUUGGCCAUGGCCAGUCUGCUGGAGAUUGUGGUGAUUCUGUGGAGGAGCAUCCGCAAGUCUCUGGAACAUAACGAGGAGGCAAUGCAGUACACCGUGGUCAAGUUCAGCUCCGUCCUGCCGGAUUACCUCAGAGUCUUCCAGGAGGAGCGCUGCACAGCCCCCCUCAUUCUCCUGGCCUCUCUCCUUCCUCCCGCUACCGUGCCAACCUUCAGUUGUGGUGUUCUGCCUCGGCUGAAGAAGCUGAAUCCAGGCUGUCCCGUAGCUCACUACAGUCAGAUAGUGGAAUGUCUCUGUGGGUGGGGCCAAGCCGGCCACAUUGUUGAGCUCAUCACUGAUUGGCUCGCAGAAGCCCUUCCCAAAACUACAAACAAAGAAGACACGAGUCGCAAGGUUCGCAUCCAUGAAACAGCAGAGGCCAAACCAGACCUGGGGCUAGAUUACCUUGAGUACCUGCUGACGAAACCUCGUACCCGGGACAGUGUGCUCGGCCUUCCCCUGGCUCAGCUCAAACAGCUCCACAAAGCCCUUGCUGACUGGAAGUCGGCUCUGUAUUCCUCUCUGAGUGAGUCUAGGUCAGAGGUCAGUGUGUCCACCACAGAGACUGCUCUAAGAGCUUUCACUAUGCAUGGCCGUCUCAGUGUUCACCUCCACCACAAGCAUCCCGAGGGGCGGGACUUCCUUGUGUCCCUGGAGCACUCGGGAGCAUGGGUAAUGGAGAGAGUGCUCCCCUUCCUGGUUGCCCCUGACAACGACAACAGCGUCUCUGAGCAGCAGGUCACCGUGGCCCGGAGGAUUGUGGAGAUCUGUCUGUCAGUGUAUAAGGAUGUUGUGAGGGUUGCCCUUGGAGAUGAAGAGUUCAAAGGUCAAGUGCUAGAGUUGUGCUCAUCCGUGCUGCUGUCGGAAAAGGGCUACGUGUGUAUUCCUCUCUUGCUCUCCGUCCUGACUGAAGUGACUCAGGACUCUUCACACAGUGCACAGGGACUGGACGAGCAGACGUCCGUCAUCCAGGCCGUCAUCAUCAACAUUUUCCAGAAAGUUCUUGAGGUCUUGGCACGGCGUUUACGUAAAGAUCGUGACGAAGGCCAAGAGCUGUGUGACUCCUCUAAGGGGGCCCUCAGUGACUUCCUGCUGGUGGCAGAGGAGUGGGGGGCUGUCAGUGCAGAGGUCACAAGCGGAAUAUUCUCCUCUCUCUUUGCUGCCGUCAUCGUGGAAAUUAGCUACACCCUGCAGAAGCUCUCACACGUGGAAGAGGUGAUGAGCCCAGAGUCUGUAGCCGAUCUUCCUCCCCUCUCCAGCGCAAUCCUGUCUGUUCUCCUCAAUUCUCCUCCGGUUACCAGGUCGUUCCUGUCAGAGGUUAGCUCCUCUGUGGACUCUGAGGCCAUCGAUAACAUUGUGGGUUUGGCUGCCAUCACACACAUCCUAGCCAUUGCCAGCCAGACUGGUAAAUUUAAGGUGGAACUGAAGGGCAUCGCUGUGUCUGUGCAGAAGCAACUGCAGAACCACUACUCUAUCAUGGCUGAAGAAUCUUUGAAUGUUCAGAGGGCUAUUUAUGAAUCCAUGGUCAGAACACUCAACAGCAUUCUGAUGCCCUGA